CUAUCGCUAAGCCCCAAGUCCACACAGGAUGACAGGAAGUCCACAUUCCAAACCCAGUCCCCAGCUGAGAAGACCUGGGGGAAGCCCCUGGUCGUGGCCAGUCUACGGAAGCCAGACGUGGACGGCAGUCAAGUCCCCAGGGCUUCACGCAGCCCCACGCAAGGCCCCUUAAGUCCCACGGACUCCUCAGGAAGUCCAAGCAAGUCCCCUUUAACCCCUAAGGGCUGGGGAGAACAGUUCAGGUCCCAAUGGGACAGGUCCAAGUCCCCAUCAAGCCUCACGUCCUCUUGGGAAGAAAUCAAGUCCCCAACGUCUCAAGGGGACUGCACUGCUUACACCUCCACUCAGUCCCGCCCCUGGGACGGUCCCAAGUCCCCAACCUCUACUCAAUCCGCGCCCUUGGCAUCCCUCAAGUCCCCAACGUCCACCCAGUCCCGUUCAGUGGACGGUCCCAAAUCGUCGGUGUCCCCAACUCCCCAGUCCCCGCCAGACCGCAGCCUCAGUCCCCCUCAGGAGGGCAGGAGGGGAGCCAGUCCACUUCCCCACGAGGAGCUCAUCAGGCGUCACAAGAAUUGGUUCAAGUCCUACACGAGGGGCAAGUCCACAGCAGGGAGACGGGAGGUGGGGACUUGGGGCAGGAAGACGGGAGGUGGGGGGACUUGGGGCAGGGAGACGGGCCCCACGGAGGACUGGCGGCGGGAGCGCUCCAUCAUCCUGGCCGGGCGCGGUGCUGUUGCGUCAGCCAGAGUUGCCGUGGUAGCCCCCCAACCCACCUCCCCGCCGGGGCAGGAACAGCCUCCCCCACGCCUACAGUGGGGGCAUGACUCUUGGGGCAGCAAGCCAUCUCCUGCAGGGGGAGCUAAAAGGACUCUGCUGGCCUCCUCCUCCUGCGAUGUUGUCUCUACACAUAAGUUUGUGUCUCCCCAAAUGUCGCUAGACCAUGCCAAACCUGCCCUUUCCUGCUCCCCUCCGCUGGACCACACCAAAUAUGCCCUGACCAGUUCCCCUCCGGUGGACAUGCAGGUGUACAACACAGGUUUUACCUCCCAACCCUCCCAGAAACUCAUUGAACCCUCCUACAAAUCUCCCGAGAGGAGUUGUAGCUCCCCAAGCAAGGAAGUUGAGUCUGUCUCGAGGAAAGAGGGUGCUGACGCAUCCCCCAAAGUCCCCGAAGAGAGUUUUGCCCCCUUAAAUAAGGUAGGUAUUCCUCUCUUAAGAACCCAGGGGACUUCCCCUACUUCCCCUAAGCCCCCCAUUUCACCAUCACCUGAGAAGUUUUCCGAGGUAUUCGUGAAGACCAAGUAUGAAGACAGUGAUGAAGAUGAAGUGCAGAUGGACGAAGAGGUAGGCGAACAAGAAGUGGGCAAAGAGGAGGAAAAUGGGAUUCACGUCGAAUACAAACACGCAUUCGAACGCAGCCUCAUCAUGAGCCCAGUUUCGGAAGAAGAAGCUUCGUCUCAAGUUACUUCAUCCACCGAAAGUAGAAGUGUUAACUAUUCGAAACGAGAGCUGAAAAGUGUACACUCGCCUGGCAAUACCCCUCGAAUACAGAACCAGUCUGUCCAGCAGAUUGGCUCGAGUGUCGAUCAUGGCAGUAGAAGUAGCAGUUGCAAUAGUGAACCUGACCUCGAGCUCGAAGAGGGGAAACCCGAAACUGACAAUACCACCUGCCGAACUGGAGAUCCUAGGAUCAUGCGAGUCGAACCGAUAGUGCAGAUCGUCGUAGAACAUGUCGGUAAUGUUACUGACGAGGGAGAAGUCGAUGAAAUGGGUUGGGUUCCUCCUGGUACGAUAGAAGAAAAACCGUCCGGAACUCGAGGGACUGAAAUUCUAGAAACUUACGAGUCGUCAUUGGUAAAGGGAAAUGAAAUGAGAGUGGAGAAAGGGGGCGAAGGAGACGAGAAGAAGGAUGGAGACGACAAGGAGGAAGAGAAGCUGAGUUCAUUGGAUUAUGAAAUCCGGAAGCGAAAAGAAGCAAUUCGAGUGGCGGAGGAGAGGGCAAGGGAGAGAGAGGAAUUGUGGAAGAGGGAGGAGCAAGAGAGGAGGAAGAGUCGAGAGGAGGAGUUGAUGAGGAGGGUGAGUCGGGCGGAGGAGCCGGAGGCGAUGAGCCAAGUAGUUGGUGGUUCCCCCUUGUCACCACCUCCCACGACCCAAGAACAACGCGAGCAUUUCGAACAAAAGCGACUACUGGAGCAACAACGUCUACAAGAAGAACAAAGGCUGGAAGAACAGAAGCGAAUAGAAGAACAAAAGCGAAUAGAAGAACAAAGGCGACUAGAAGAACAACGUCUACAGGAAGAACAAAGACUGAAAGAACAAAAGCGACUAGAAGAACAAAGGCAACUAGAAGAACAAAAGCGACUAGAAGAACGAAAGCGACUAGAAGAACAAAAGCGACUAGAAGAACAAAAGAGGCUAGAAGAACAAAAGCGAUUAGAAGAACAGAAGCGACUAGAAGAGCAGAAGCGACUAGAAGAACAAAAGCGACUAGAAGAACAAAAGCGACUAGAAGAACAAAAGCGACUAGAAGAACAGAAGAGACUAGAGGAACUAAGGCGAUUAGAAGAACAAAAGCGACUGGAAGAACAGAAGCGACUGGAAGAACAGAAGCGACUAGACUCCUCCCUCAGGGAGGGGGUGGGGCCUCUGGACUCCACCCUUAACGAAGAGGUGGAAUCAACGUAG